AAGCGGACAAAAAGAAGUGGAGAAACAACGGAACCCAAAUCCUGCACUUAAUGUUCAGUUUCUUAACUGGUGGAGCUAAUUGAGGCCAUGCCUGCCACAAAGAAGAGUGCUGAACGCAGCAGCAUUGGUCACAUAUUCAACAAGUUGCUGAAGCAGAUAGGAAAUCCCGUUGACUUUGAACUACCUGAUUGGUUUAAUAAAUGGAAGCCUUCUUCCUAUACCUUUAUAAGGCGCAAUUUAUAUCUCACUAAGAAGGUCAAAAGGCGCCUUGAGGAUGAUGGCAUAUUCUGCUCCUGCAGCUCCUCAGUGGGUUCUUCUGGCGUCUGUGAUAGAGAUUGUCAUUGUGGGAUGCUGCUGUCUAGCUGCUCCUCAGGCUGUAAAUGUGGGAGCUCAUGUCUCAACCAACCAUUUCAUCACCGACCUGUGAAGAAGAUGAAACUAGUGAAGACUGAGAAAUGUGGAUCUGGGAUAGUGGCUGAUGAGAAUAUUAAGAAGGGGGAGUUCGUAAUAGAAUAUGUUGGAGAAGUUAUUGAUGACAUAACAUGUGAGGAAAGGCUUUGGAAAAUGAAACAUCGUGGAGAAACAAACUUUUACUUGUGCGAAAUCAAUCGAGAUAUGGUGAUUGAUGCCACAUACAAGGGAAAUAAAUCAAGAUAUAUAAAUCAUAGUUGUUGCCCCAACACCGAGAUGCAAAAAUGGAGAAUUGAUGGUGAAACAAGAAUUGGCAUAUUUGCUACUCGUGACAUAAGUAGGGGCGAGCAUCUAACCUACGAUUAUCAGUUUGUUCAAUUUGGUGCAGACCAAGAUUGCCACUGUGGUGCAGAAGGCUGCAGGCAAAAGUUGGGAGUCAAACCGAGCAAGCCUAAAAUGCCUUCUUCAGAUGCUGCAUUGAAACUUGUUGCUUGCCAGGUGGCAGUCUCAUCUCCCAAAGUGAAAGCAAUUCUAUCUGGGAAAUAUGUUCAUCAGAAUGGUGGGCUGCAUAUAGGAAGCUCAGAUCAUGCUACUAAGCAACAAAGAUCAUGCUCCCGUAAUUGUAUUGGUGAACUUAUUAGGAUAAAUCGCCCCAUCAAUGACAGGUCUUUUGGGAUUAUUAAGCAUUUCGAUAACAAAUCGAAAAAGCACACUAUCAUGUUUGAAGAUGGUACUAUUGGCUUCCUUGACAUGUCCAAGGAAGGGUGGGAAUUUGUUUCUUUGUGAUGUAACUGUGAGGUAAGUAGAACUUUUUGUUGAACAUCAUUUAUGUCUCCCAUUCCUUGUAUACAUGUGAACAAAUUUUGUAUUUUCUGUAUCUAUUUUCUUUCUUUAUGAAAUUUAUUUUUCUAUAAAAUGUCAUGUAUUUUACAACUGAUCACACUUUUGUUCUAGAAGACUGAGAAACUAAAGCAAAGGCAAUUUUAAUAUGAAUAGGGUGGGGGGGACAUGCCCCUAUUGAUGGGGGGUUUGUUGUAGAGUGCUUUAUGGUUAGAAGUGAUGAUGAAAGGAUCGAGAUGGAUUUUGACUGUAAUGAGAUGGUAUAAAUGGUAAUAUGAUAUUAAUGGGAUGAAUGAAGUAGUUUGUUUAAGCUCUGGCCGUUGAAUUUAAAAAAAAUUCCUGCAAUAGAAUUCAUAAUCAAUUUCUGUUGAGGGAUAGGGUUUAAUAUAACUCUUUUAUGUUUGUUGACUGUUAGCACUUUGAUAGAUACAAGGUAAAUAAAUGUAUUCUUCUGUGUGUGCGCCUGGUUUUUUUUUUGAUAGCAAAAUAAAUUUUCAUUUAUAGAGAAUUAUAAGAGGGAGAAUGAGACAACUCCCGAGCUGGGACAAACCAGAAAUAUACAAUUAAGAACAACAAAGAGAGAAGAGAUAAAAAAGCCAGCAUGUUCCUUCAAUCUCUUUGUAACCCCUGAAAACUAGACCCUCUGAAAAAUCCAUAAUCGGCACACCACAGUGAGACAAGUAUUGAAUUUUGUCCCGAACCAUCUCCCAAUUUAAUUUUUUUCCCAAAAAAAUCCAAGCAUUAUGGUCCAACCAUAUUCCCCAUAAAACUGCAAAAAUACCACACUUCCAUGAUGCUGCCUCCUUCCUUCGACUAAAGCCUGCGAAAGAAAUGGCUAGCAAGUCUUCCACCAAAGGACAUACCCAGUUAUCUCCCACAAUACCAAAAAUCUUAUCCCAAAUCCUGCAAGCAAACUCACAGUGCAAAAGAAGAUGAGAAGAUGUCUCGGAGUUCUUGUAAUAGAGCACACAUACAUCGGGACAGAGAGCCUUCAAAGAUCUCCUGAUUUGCAGCAAGUUAUUAAUAUUUAUUUUAUUAAGUACUGCCAACCAAGUGAAAGCCUUAACUUUUGAGGGUGCCUUGGCCUUUCAAAUAAUAGGAUAGAGUGGAAAUGAUGAAUUGGAAUGGAUCAAGAAUUCAGAAAAAAAAUUUGCAAGAAUACGGUCUGAAUUGAUCCAAAGGAAGAAUGCACUGCUGACUGUUCCAAAGAUUUGCAAUAAUAGGAUAGCCUUAACUUUUAUGUGCAUGGGCGUGCGAUUUUUUCAAUAUAUAUACAGAAGAUUCAAGAUAAAUGCUAAUGCUUCCCCGUGUUUCUGUUUCUCCUAUAAAAUGUAACAUAUCACUUCUAACGUGAAUGGAGCUAAUUUUUUAAGGAGAUAAUAAUUUCAAGAACAGUUCCUUCAUUUUGAAUUUGAAACCUACCAAUGACAAGAUAAAGGGUGUCCCUGGUACACUAGGCUCCCAGCUUUGCGAGGGUAGGGGGAGAGUCAUCAGAGUGUAUGCAGCCUUUACCCCUGCGUUUAUGCAUAGAGGCUGUUUCCUUGGACUCGAACUUGUGACCAACUGGUCACAAAGGAGCAACCUUACUUUUCAUCCAAGGACUGCUCUCCCAUGAAUCAGGCAAUCACAAGAUGUUAUACUAAUAUUUAAAUCCACUAAGUGCAGCAGGAACUACAUCAUUGGGACCCACAUUGAAUCAUACCUUUCAGUUGUAAAAGUCCUAGUGCUAAUGCGGCAUCGUGUGAUUUCCAAAUCGGACAUGGAAGGACCGUUGGUUGCAAGUAUUUCUGUUUUUCAAGUCUUAUUGUGGCUCUUCUAUCUUUGAAGCUGUGAUCUUUCAUGAACAAAAUAACGUGAAGUCAUGUCACAAUUCUAAAUAUAUUAAUUCUGUUAGAGAAGUGUUGGAAGAAUUAAAAAGACUGUCUUGAAAGUAAAUAAUAUAUGCCAGGCUUUUCUAGUGGCUGUUUGUGUGCUGGUGAAAAUUGUCUAUGUUUUACAUGGAGGCCGGCGUAGACAUGGCUCCUUUUUGUAACUGCCAUGCUACAUGGGGGUAGAGAUGAGCUUAAAGGCUGCAAUCAGCUCACUUGCUUAAUUAUGACCAAGGUCUUAAAUUUUGAUUUUGACUCAAAUUUCGAAGCUUCGAAAGUGCAGAAAUUUCGAUGGAAAUUUUGAUUUAGAUGUCAAUUUCUAUUUUGAUUUGAAAAAAUAACGGAAAUUAGUAGUAAAGCAUGAAAUUCUUUGUGAAACUUUAGAAAUGGUUAACAAACAUAAUAAUAUAAGUUUUAGGACUAAUAUAUUACAAAUUAAAUAUAUCUUUGUUUUGUAUGAGGUGGAAAAGUUGUAAAAUAGUAUGUGUAUCAAAUAUAUUUGUAAGAUAAUGCACAUUAAACAUAUUUAGUUAAUACAAA